GCAUCUCCAUGUGCGGAGCUUGGACAAGGCUCUGGUCGCUUUGGGUCGAUCCGCUCAGUGGCAGCGGGUACUCGAAGUCCUCUGCUCCAUGCCAGCUUGGAGGCUGCUGCCAGAUCUUCUUUCCUACAGCCACGGCAUCAGCGCUGCCGAGAAGGCUGGGCAGUGGGAAGUGGCUCUCCAGCUCCACGCGGAAGUCUUCGAAGUGCACCUGCAACCCGAUGUUGUCAGCGUCAGCUCCUGUAUCAGCGCUUUGGCACGAGGCGGUGAAUGGCAGAAGGCGCUUCAACUGCUCUCCGCGAUGCCGGAAGCGGCAGUUGAGGCAAACAUCGUCAGUUUCAAUGCCGCGAUCACUGCCUGUGAAAAGAGCUGCCGCUGGCAAAAGGCUGGUCAGUUGCUGGAGGACCUGGAAAGAAUGCACGUCGAGCCCACGGGCAUUACCUGCAAUGCUGUGAUCAGCGCCUGCGAGAAAGCGGGCCUUUGGGUGGAGGCGCUCGAGUUGCUUUGGGAACUGCCAGCCAGGGCGGUCGAGAGGGAUGCCAUCAGCUACAACGCCAGCAUGAGCGCUUGUUCCAAGGCAGGUCAGUGGGAGCUGGCAGUGUCUUUGCUCUCCGGGAUGUCUGCAGGCAGAAUUCUUCCGAGCGUCAUCAGUGCCAACGCAGCCCUGAGUGCUUGUGAGAAAGCCGGACAGUGGCAGAUGUCACUACACCUGUUGAAAAGGAUGCCGGAAGCUGGGCUCCAACCGGACCUCAUCAGUUGCAACGCCAGCCUCAGCGCUUGUGAAAAAGCCCGGCAGUGGGAGCAAGCUCUUCAUCUCCUCUUGGUGGGCAUGCCCUCUCUGGGAUUAUCGGCUGACUUGAUCAGCUACAACGCUGUGAUGAGAGCCACUGCCAGUGGUGGACGCUGGCGCCUGGCAUUGCACCUCUUCUCGGAGAUCUUACCUUCCAUCGCGCAGGCGGACGUCAUCAGCUUCGGGGCAUGUCUCGCCUGCUGCGCAGAGGAUGGAAAGUGGCAAGCGGCAGUGCAGCUUCUCUCAGACAUGGCAACCUCGGACGUCGAGCCGAAUUCCAUCUGCAUCCACUCCGGCAUCAGCGCCUGUGAAAAGGCCGGACAGUGGCGAGCCGCACUCCAGCUGCUCUCAGACAUACCCGAAGCUGCCAUGCAAGCAGAUAGCAUCAGCUUCAACGCCAGUAUCAGUGCCUGCGGUCAGGCGUCACGUUGGCAGGAGGCACUUUUCUUGCUCUCGGUGAUGCCAGCAGCCGAGGUGGACGCGGAUGUUACCAGCUUCAGCGCCUGCCUGGCUGCUUGCGAGCGGGCGGGUCAGUGGCAGCUGGCCUCGCUGAUCCUGUCGCGGAUGCCCGCUGGCAGAGCAAAUCUGAUCAGCUUCCUUGCCGUCAUCGGGGCGUGUGAGCGCGACGGCCAAUGGGAGCUCGCUCUUCAACUCCUAUCGGAGAUGUCAGCGCGAGAAGUUGAAAGCCAUGUGACCGCCUUCAGUGCCUGCAUCAGCUCUGUAGCCAGGGCCGCGCAGUGGCAGAGGGCGCUGCAGCUUUUUGCAGAUAUGUCGGCAAGCGCAGUCCAGACCAACGUGAUCAGCUUGAACGCCGCCAUCACCGCUUGUGAGCGAGGAGGUCAGUGGCGCCAAGCCCUCGCAGUGAUUGCGGCUGGGGGCUCUCUGCGACUGAGCCUCAACACGAUCUCUCUCAACUCAGCUUUGGGAGCUUUCGAGGCGACUGGUCCCUGGAGCCAAACCCUGCGGUGGCUCUUAGCGAUGCCUAGUGCUCGAGUUCCCGCGGACGCCCUGAGCCGAAGCUUUGGCGUCAGGGCCGCAGCGAGAGCUGGCUUUCCACGGGUUGCCACGGAGCUCAUCGAAGCCGCAGCUCUCCCGGCGAUGGACAUCUUGAGACGAAGGUCAGAAGAGCCUUCUGCCACCGGCUGA